GCCAGCCUCGGCGCCCUCGAGGGCGGCUGGCCCCCCUUUACGAGCCACAUCGCCUUCGAGCUCUUCCGCCACGCCUCCACGCCGGCACCCUCCUCCCCUUCCACCGCCUCAAGCUCCCCAACCAGCUGGAUCUCAUCCCUCUUCACCAGGUCCGGCUCCUCCUCCGCCGCCUCCGGCAUCGGCCGCAAGAAGACCCCGGACCUCUCCCCGGCAGAGAGGCAGAAGCUCGAUGGCUACUACGUCCGCGUCAGGUUCAACGACAAGCCCGUCACCAUCCCCGCCUGCAAGACUCCCGGGAACCACCUCGAGGGCGACCAAUCCUUCUGCACAUUGGCCACCUUCAAAGCUGUUGUUGACAAAUUCACCCCUGAGAACUGGAGGGAGGAAUGCCAUGCCUCUGGCGCUCCGGCGUUCCCCUCUAAGCCCGAGCCGGCAGGCUACUAG